AUGCCGGACGCGAUGGCCAGGAAGCAUCCGUGGCUGUUGGUAUUUCAGAAGGAACGCAGUAAUUGUCGCUCAUAUGCUGGUCAAGCUUGGAAACAGUUUCUCGAGCUACUGAUCACCGUCCUGCGGGAAGGGUGGUGCGACUUGGAGAUCCUGCUGGAUCCCCAUUUCCUGCACUUACCCAAGCGCGUGGAGUCCGUCACGUGGUACCCCGGGAUGGCCUCUCACCAGGCCAACUUGGCAGAUCCCAACCUGAAUCGUCGAGAGCCGGCGGAUCUCCUCGAGGCACUGGUUGAGUGCAACCGCCAAGAUCCAUGGCGCAAUCACUAUCGCGACACUCCCCAGUAUCAUCCGUCGCGCAACAUCGCGCGCCUCCCUACCAAGUUCUUCAAUAUUCGUGCUGUCGGCGAUCAGUAA